GAAAUGUCACUGUCAAGUGCAAGUGUCAUGUGGAUUAUUUAUUAUCAUUUCAUUUUAUCAAUUACAAUUAUCAUGCUCGUGAUAACGAAAUUACACUCAGCGUUUUUGUAGAAAUUGUAGAUUUUGUUGUAUAAUACGGAAGAAGAACAUACUACUUUUGCCCACUGACAUGGCAUGUUAAUAAACAGUAAACAGUUGCUUGUUUACAAUGUGAAUAGAUACAAGUUUGUGGAGUCGUUUUGAGUUUAAGUCAUAAUUUUUUGGAUUAAAAUGUCUGAUCCAAGUAAUCCUUUUGCGGGUUUAUUAGGAGUUUCUGGAUUGAAAACUACCAAUGAUGAGGAGUUUAAUAGGAGUCCAAUAUCAUUGGAUUCUAAGCAGUCCAACGAGGAGACACAGGUUCAAAUGAUAAACCAACUAGUUCAGAAUGUUUUCCAUUUCACCAUAAAUUCUAAUGCUGUGGAUGACCACUCCGAUGAACAGUUAGUAUAUCUAGAAGAACUAGCACAAGCCAUGAAUCCAAAAGUAAAUAUUGAUUUAGAAACGUUAGAACAAGCACUUUUUGAAAGACUGUUGUUACAAGAUAUUGAGCAAAAUGUAUUACCCAAAACAAGCAAAGUGUUCAAGGAACAUGUAACACAAAAGCAAGUAUUUCCCUAUUUAUUUAGUUCAAUGGAAAAUAUUCAGAAUUAUAGUCAAACUAAUACACAGUUUAUAAGGGAUGCAUUAGAAAAGAUGAAUGAGCUUAUUCUCCGGAAUGCUGUGACAGCAUUAAAACAGCCUGCACUAUUUGAGGGACAAGAUUUUUCAGUGCAACUAGUGGAAAUACUGCAAAAUGGUGGAUCUCAAAGUCACACAUUUUUUAAUGAAUUAAUAAAAGCAUUUGUUGCUGAUGAUGAUGAUGAUUGUCAAAACCAGUUGCGAGACUCUAUGAUUCCAUUGCUAAAGAGGAUUCAUACUGAUAUAAACAAAUCAAACUUAAUAAAUUUACCUAUUUACAUAUUACCAUCUAUACAACUUUUUGCAGGUAAUACACAUUUAGCACCAAUACUGAUGGAAGCAUGUGAACCAAAGAAUGAAAUGAAUGGAAGACUUUACCAGGAUUCUGUGAUAGGUGCCCUGUUGAGUUUGUCAGUUUUACCUCGGAGUGCCACAGGGAUGCCUGAAUUUUUUGAUAAUCCUAUGGACCAGGCAGCUACCUCAAUGACCGAAACAUCAAUCUGGAAUGCCUCAUCGCAUCUUACAAAUAAUUUGCACAAAAUAUUUUUGACUCUACUAAAAGGUGGUCCGGCAAUAAAAAAUAGAUUAUUGUCAUGGAUAGGAAAGUGUUUGAAAACUAAUGUUGCUAGAGGAAAACUUUGGAAUGUUCAGGCAGGAGAAAUGAGUGCGGCGUCUUUAUCUUGUGUUUCUGAUGGAUUCAUGUUGAAUCUCGGCGCAGUGCUGUUGCAGUUGUGUCAACCAUUUUGUGCUUCCGCUGAUGAUCCAAAAGCACUUAAAAUUGAUCCUACUUAUGGUGCAGUAUUGCCUGAAGAAUGUGCAGCCAAAUCCGUGCAUCUCGACUGCCUGUACAGUGAAACGUGUUUGUUGCCCGCUCGCGAAUCUGAAGACGGGCAGACUAUGAAGAGGCUGACUGCUGAAACAUACAACUUUGUUACCGAAUGCUUCUUUAUGACCCAAAAGUGUAUUGACUUAGGUGUACGUGUGUGUGCGGAAAAGUUAUGGAGGUGCGGUCAGGAGCUGGGGCGUGCGCAGCGAGCGAUAGCCGACGUGGCGGCCGCGCACCACAUGCUCGAGCCGCUGCGACAGCGCGCGCACUUCCUCAUGACCAAGUUUGUCAGCCUCCGCUGUGCGCUCCUCGAGAAUGAGAUGUUAAUGAACCUGCACCGCCUCCAAGCUACCACUUGCACUUGGCUGGUGCAAGUGGCUGUGCGAGCCAACCCUGAAACUCCUCAACCGAGCUAUGCGCCCGGUACUAUGGUGCCAGUGCAGAUGCCUGUUACUACUGCACCACCCGACACUUUAAGAUGCAUUCCAGAAUUCGUGCUAGAAAAUGUAGUAGUGCUAAUAACCAUGGCGCGGCGCACCGUGGGCGCCAUCACCGAGGAGGCGGACAUCGCCGGCCUGCUGCAGCCCGCGCUCACUCUGGUGCUCACCUUCAUGGGCGACUCCUCGCGGACUUACAACCCGCACUUGAGGGCUCGUCUCGCAGAAUGUCUUGAAGCAAUGCUGCCCAACCACCCUGACGAUCAACAACCUCUGAGCAACAUUGCGUCUUUCUACAGGGAACAACUCUUCAAGAAUCACCCACAUAGAUUACAACUCGUAUCCUGCUUGCUGGAUGUGUUCGUAGGGAUCGAGAUGACGGGGCAGAGUGUACAGUUCGAGCAAAAGUUCAACUAUCGUCGUCCAAUGUACCUCGUUAUGGACUUCCUCUGGGGCAUCGAGGAGCAUAGGGACGCUUUCACGCGGUUAGCAAGAGAAGCCGAAGCGAAUAUGGAAGCAGUUCACCCGCCGUUGUUUCUACGCUUCGUGAAUUUAUUGAUGAAUGACGCCAUUUUCCUGUUGGAUGAGGCGCUCGGAAACAUGGCCCAGAUACGGACCAUGCAAACCGCGCAGGAAUCAGGUGCAUGGGCCAAUUUACCAGCACACGAACGCGAACAGAACCUUGCAAACCUGUCACACAUUGGCAUGUUAGCUCGAUUUGAUAACAUCCUCGGUCGGGAUACAAUACGUACGCUCGUUCGACUCACGGCGCACGCUCCGUACGUCUUCUGCCACCCCACCCUGGUAGACCGCAUCGCUUCUAUGCUCAACUAUUUCCUGUUGCACCUGGUGGGGCCUAACAAGAAGAAUUUCAAGGUAAAAGAUUUGAAAGAGUACGAGUUCGAUCCAGCGAGAACCGUGUUGGAUAUUUGUCGCAUGUAUGUGGAGCUGGGCAACAACCAGCGAUUCUGCGCCGCCGUGUCGGACGACGGACGCUCCUACUCGCCGACACUCUUCACCCUCGCUGAAGCCGUGCUAGUGCGUAUCGGCGGUGGUGGUCUCAUAACUUCCUUGCAAGAAGUGGCAGCCCGGGUCAGCACGCUGGCUGAGCAGCGGCAGCGCGACGAGGAGAUCCUGGCCAACGCGCCCGAGGAGUUCCUGGACCCCAUCAUGAGUACCCUCAUGCUGGACCCUGUCACGCUGCCCAGUUCCAGGACCACCGUCGACAGAACUACUAUCGCCAGGCAUCUUCUAAGCGACCAGUCGGACCCAUUUAACCGCUCUCCGCUGUCUAUGGAUCAAGUGAAAUCGAACACCGAACUCAAGGACCGUAUACACGCGUGGAUUGCUGAAAAAAGACAAAAAAUGGAUCCAAAUAUAGCCGAUACUUCAUAAAUAAUUUGUACAUUGUAACUAAAUUAGUAAGGCUAGACUAAAAGUUUGUGUUGGCUUACUAUCAAGUUGUUGCAAAGUAAUUGAAUACCUAAUUUUUUCUCAUACACACUGAGUGUUAAAAUUUUCAUUUUCACCUAGUAAUUACAGUAAAUAUCUAAUCCGGUUUGUAGUAACUAAGUAAUAGUUUCAAUUUUUAAAUACAUAGAUAGACUGUAAAAUCAGAUUUUUGGACCAUACCACAGAAAAAUAACAAAUUGUGUUAUACACAAAUUCCUAAUUAAAUUGACAAAUCCGAGCUUGCCCGCACAGCGAACGAUAAUCGCGCGAUUUUUUUUCCGCUGUAACACUUGCAAUCAUGUAGAGAUGCUGGCUGCGAAUUAAAAAUCGCGCGGAAAUAAAAUCGGUCAUUUGAUACAAAUUUCACGCGGUGCGGUAUUAAAUUCGUACGAAUAUUAUGUGCAGUAUGGAGUUGUAUGGCGCUCACCGCAUUCGCAGGGCAAGUGAAAUUCCGUACGGGGAAAAUAAAUCGUCCGAAAACAAUUCGCGAGAACAAUAAUCACUAUGCGAGCUAGGCCUAAAGGUCUUUCCCGCAAGGAUUUUCUCUUGUUUAUGAUGUCAUAAAUGCGAGAGAUUUCUGUACAACCAAAUACACAAAAUGGGCCGGUGAAAAAGGUAGCGGCUCAGUACGAAAAAAGGAAUCUGUAUUAUCUAUAGAAAUUGAAAAGCACGGAAAUAGAAAAUAUCUUCUUUAUACGUUGAUAGUAAGCCUAUAUUGUUUUAGGUAAUUGCAGUAUAACGAUGAUUGCACUUCCGCCACAUGGAUAAGCGGUGAUGGAUAUUUUCUAAGUGUGUUUAUAUAGGUAGGUACUGUGGUAUUUUGUACAAUAUAUUGUACAAAUACAGUUAUAAAAUAAAUGCAUUAUAGAUUAUAAUGUACUUAUAUGGUUUUUUUUUAUCGACAAACCAUACCUACUUUGAGAACAAUUUGUAUUUUAUAGGCGAAAUACUUGAUAGUCAAAAUUGACGAACACCAUAAGCACCUACAGUAAAGUACGCGCAAAACAACUAGCACAAUCAAACACGAGGCAUAUGUCUGGUCAGUGCGGAUUGUACAAAUACAGAUUUCAGCAGCCAAUCUUGUGUAUUUAAUCUUCUUCUUUUUGGUGGUUUGGCGGCUAUGCAGGGCACUUCAGACCCUGUAUCAGUUUGACCUUAUUUAAUCUUAGUCUAUGACCUGUGCGAACCGCACUGUUGCAACUUCAAAUUGAACUACUUAUUUUGCGCGCACUGUACAGUACCUAUGCUGUUCAUAAAUCAUUGACUGAUGCCUGAAUCGGUAAAAAUUCUCACGUUAUCGAUUCCAAAUGAUAAUAAAGUCAUCAGUUUUUCAACAAAAAUCAAGAUAUCGCUGUUCCCUUACGUUAUAAUAUGCCGACUGCCACAAAAUUUCUGUUUGUUAAAACAUUAUAAAUAUUUAGCUAUUGAAUUUGGUGUGCCAUUAAUGUUUUAAGAAGAAUGAAUCGAUAGUGUUGGAACUUUAUUUCAUUAACUCAAACUAUUUAAUAAAUUGAUUUCGUUACUCCAUUUUAAACGAUCUUGUCUACUAUGAAAGGAUUGUUUAAGUUCAUACCAAGUCGGUUUUUCUUUUUCACAUUGUAUGACUUUAAACCAUUAAGAAACAAAAAAGUUUAUUAGGCUGCGUACAGUGUAUGCCAACAAACGCUAAGGAACGACAUUCGUGGUUGCCGCAUCAUAAAGAUGGUUCGAAUCGAACCAACGAACGUUGGGACUUGAAUUUAGAUUCCAGCACGCUCAUUGUUUUAUUAAUCUCUAGUUUGUUCUCUAUUUUAUAUGAGUAUAUAUUUUUGGUUUGUACUCUUUUGACAAAACAUGUUUUCCUCCAAUAUUUUUUUCUAUACUUCUUAAAAUAAACACGUUUGUACGCUUCUCUUUUGCAUCUAGGUAUUAGGUAAGCAUUCUUUUGUUGGUUUUCGGCACCAGUUCAUACCGGGUUUUGUCGAAAUCGUUACGCCAUGGAUUGCUGCCAACGUCAACGGAUGACUGCUUGGCGCUCGCUAAACCGUCCAGAUAUACAGAUACUACCACUUUUACGUACACUAAAACUUACGCCGAUGUACCUCAGUCAAUCAUAGCGCGUGUCCGUCCGUUAUUGUUUGCGUAUCUAUUGCGGCCUAGGCGCCAUGUUUUGUAUGCGCAAAUUAUGAGCGAGAUAACACAAGAGCCUCUGUUGUUCUUGUUUAAAAUCUUAACGUCAAGCAAUAAGGUCUGUUUUUCAUUGGUGCACAUUCGGUUUAAGUAGGCGUUAGGUUGCGCUUUUCUGUGCAAACGAAUUUUUCCGAUGCAAUUUAUAAAAGUGGCAAUACUGUACGCAGCUUUCGGUAAAUAAUUUUCCUGAAGUUUUAUUUUAAGUCUGUUUUGCAUUGUUUUGUAUAGCGUAUCUCUAGCUACUAAAAGUGGUGAUUUUUGUGAUAUUCGUCGUUAUUUUUUUUUUUAUUAUAUCGAAACUGUCAAGAAUGUUUCACAUAAUCAACCAAGUAGGUGUAUGUUACGAAGAAAAUAGAAUCUUCAACUUAGUUUUAGAUUAAUUAAAAGACAUUUUGUUUUAACCCCCAACCCAAAAAGAGGGGUGUUAUAAGUUUGAUGUGUGUAUCUGUCUGUCGCUCCUAAACGAAUGAACCGAAUAAUUUAGUUUUUUUUUUGUUUGAAAGGUGGCUUGAUCGAGAGUUCUGAGCUAUAAUCGAAGAAAAUUGGUUCAGCCGUUUGAAGUUAUCAGCUCUUUUCUAGUUUUCUUAUAGAAGUUUUUGUGUCGGGGGUUUUUUAAAUUUUGAUCUAUAUGCAAUCACUAUUCAUUAAAGAUGGGCAUUAUUGCUACUUUUAAAUAAUUUUCGCUUGAUGAAAAUAUUGCCCAUAUCCCAUGCCCUUGAUGAAAUCACUGCCCAUAUUAUAAAUUCAAAAGUGUGUUUGUUUGUUGGUUUAAUCGUUUGUUGGUAUGUCCUUCAAUCACACCGCAACACAGCAACCGAUCGACCUUAUUUUUUGCAUGUACUUACAUACCUAGUUGAAUUCCUGGAGAGUGACGGACUACUUUUUAUCUCGGGAAAUAAAAGAGUUCCCACGUACUUUUACUAUUUAAAAACCUUAAGCCCUUGCAUACGAAAUCACGGGCAUCAUCUAAAUAGUAAUUACUUAUUAUAAAUCCGAGUUUAUUUUUCCACAAUAAUUUAAAAGUGUAAAAUUAUUGUGGACUUCAUAAACAAUAAUAUGAUAAAAUGCUCUUGUUUAAGAAUAGUAAGUUUUAAGAAUUCCAUACCAAAAUAUUAAAAAAGGUAAAAGGGUGUAAAAGGAUCUUCAUUCUUUAACAUGGGAAUUUAAAAUCAAUGUGUAUAUUUUUAUUUUUUCUAGACAGCAAUAAAUGUAAAAUACCUAUCGGCCAUAUUAUUAUCUAACUUGUUUAGUGCAAUUUGGAAAAACGUGUUUAGCACUUGAGUCAUUUAUCAUUACCUAUUUGCUACAAAAUUUUUAUUAAAAUUAUAUUCUUAUUCAAAAUUAUUGUUGUUCUACUGAAAUUUCAGUUGUACUUUUUUGUUGAUACUUACUUAUUUUAUUUACACCAUAAAAGAUGCAUAAUUA